AUGGCUCGAGUCUCAUCUCUUCUCUCUUUUACCUUCACACUUUUGAUCUUUCUUCAUGGCUACACCGCUCUACAGUUUCCAAACGAGUGCCAGCUCGACAAGCUCGAUGCGCUCGAGCCGUCACACGUACUCAAGGCCGAGGCUGGUCGCAUAGAGGUGUGGGACCACCACGCUCCUCAGCUACGUUGCUCUGGUGUCGCCUUCGUACGUUACAUCAUCGAGUCUAAGGGUCUCUACUUGCCUUCUUUCUUUAACACCGCGAAGCUCUCCUUCGUGGCUAAAGGAAAUGGUCUUAUGGGGAGAGUGAUCCCUGGAUGCCCUGAGACAUUCCAAGACUCAUCAGUGUUCCAACAAGGCCAGGGACAACAGGGCCAGGGACAGCAAGGCCAGGGACAACAAGGUCAGGGACAGCAAGGCCAGGGACAGGAAGGCCAGAGUCAAGGUCAAGGCUUCCGUGACAUGCACCAGAAAGUGGAGCACAUAAGGAGCGGAGACACCAUCGCCUCAUCACCAGGUGUAGCCCAGUGGUUCUUUAACGAUGGAAACGAAGAACUUGUCAUUGUCAGCGUCCUCGACUUAGCCGGCCACCAGAACCAGCUCGACCGUAACCCACGGCCAUUUUACUUAGCGGGAAACAACCCACAAGGCCAAGUAUGGCUACAAGGACGAGAGCAGCAGCCACAAAAGAACCUCCUUAAUGGCUUCACACCAGAGAUUAUUGCUAAAUCUUUCAAGAUCGAUGUUCAGACGGCCGAACAGCUUCAGAACAACCAAGACAACCGCGGAAACAUCAUCCGAGUUAAAGGCCCGUUCGGUGUCAUCAGGCCACCUUUGAGGAGCCAGAGACCGCAGCAGAAAGAAGAAGAAUCAGUAGGUAACGGUUUAGAGGAGACCAUUUGCAGCGCAAGGGUCACCGAUAACCUCGACGACCCCUCUAACGCUGACGUGUACAAGCCACAGCUCGGUUACAUCAGCACUUUGAACAGUUACGAUCUCCCCAUCCUACGCUUCCUCCGUCUCUCAGCCCUCCGUGGAUCUAUCCGUCAGAACGCGAUGGUGCUUCCACAGUGGAACGCAAACGCAAACGCGGUUCUCUACGUUACAGACGGUGAAGCCGAGUUGCAGGUGGUUAACGACAACGGUGACAGAGUGUUUGACGGACAAGUCUCUCAAGGACAGCUCAUUGCCAUUCCCCAAGGUUUCUCGGUGGUGAAACGCGCAACAAGUGAGUAUUUCAGGUGGGUCGAGUUCAAGACAAACGCAAACGCACAAAUCAACACUCUUGCGGGACGAACCUCAGCCUUGAGAGGUUUACCAUUAGAGGUCAUAACCAAUGGGUUCCAAAUCUCACUCGAAGAAGCAAGGAAGGUUAAGUUCAACACGCUCGAGACCACUUUGACUCACAGUAGUGGUCCAGUUAGCCACGGGAGGCCAAGGGUCACUUAUGCUUGA